CACUAAGAUUUCUUCGCAUACAAGAUAAGUAAUUCGCUAUAAGGUUGUUGGAACAAGACGUGUUCUUCCACAGCAUAAAUUAUGAGCUAUCUUUUAAAUCAGUAUAUUGUAUUCAUAUAGCUAGACUCUCAAGUAACGACUUCCUUUAUACGCGGAAGUGGAAGUUAAUGGGGUGCUUCUUAUUUUGCAAAGGAUGAGUCAAAAUGCUCGAAUUCAUUCCAGAACCAUGUGUGCCUUAUCUAGUCCUUACCUUCAAUACAAUUGUCUUCCAAAUAUUCAGAAAACUUAUUCAGAGGUUUAGUCCAAGAUCCAUCCAGAUUGUUUUAGCAGAAAUCAUUGCCACAUUAGAGCUUUGUACAGCAUGCGCAGAAUUAGGUGUUGUGUAUGAAAUUCAUGGCUAUCUAGGCUUAGGAACAGCUCUACAGUUAUUGUGUUUCUGGUGGUGUUGGGUGUGGGUUGAUGCCGAAGCCUGCCCUUGCGGACCACUUGAGGAAUGUUUAUUUGGAAAUGGCUUAGAUUCAGAAGUAAUGAAAAAACUUAUUGGUCAAGGAAUCGGUGGAGCUUUAACGACGUUUUGGAUUACAUACAUCUGGUCUUACCAUAUGACUGCAGAACAUGAAGCCCUACAUACUGCAGCUGAAUGCCAGGCUGGACUACAGGUACAUAUGGCUGUUGGAGCGUUAAUUGAAGGAAUAAUUACUUUCAUUAGUCGUAUAAUUGCCUUACAAUCCACAGUAUGGAUUCCGGAGUUGCAAUUAUCUGCAAAUGCCAUUGUUACAACAAUUCUAGUGUUAGCAGCUACGAGUACAACAGGUGGCUUUUUCAAUCCAGUUCUUGCCACUGCACUCACCUUAGGUUGUAAAGGAAAUACUCUAGUAGAGCAUCUUGUUGUUUAUUGGAUUGGCUGUCUGGUCGGUGGAUUCAUGGCACGAAUUGUGUAUGAAGCCCGAAGCCAAUCCGAAAAGUAUAAAGAAUUAUAAUUGUGAUAAAUCAUUAUUUCAAGUCUUCCUAUCAUUAAGUUUUAUGUGUUGUCUUCCACUGCCAGAAAAGAAGAGUAUUUACUAUCGUUAAUCAUUAUUCAGAAAUCGUGUUGUUCUCUUAACAUCCAAAAUGCGAUGUUGGUUUUUGCAUUGCUGAAAUAAACUCAUUUAAAUCCUU